AUGGAUGGUUUGCAAGGAUCCAGUACGAACGUUAACCGGAAACGGAGGAGCAAUUUCCUGACGCUGGUGGAGAAGAAGUACGGCGUAGGAUCUUCUACGGUCACGAGAAUAAUCCAAAAGAAAGAAGCAAUUCGUGAGGCGGUGGACAAGUUCAAGGAAUAUGGUGUAAAUAAUCGAAAAACAUUGAAAGAGCAGACGUUCCCUUUGCUGGAAGAAGCUCUUUACAUCUGGAUUUUACAGCAGCGGCAGUCCAACAUUUUGUUGACAGUGGAUAUUCUUAAAGCAAAGGCGGAGCUGCUGUUUAAGAUGUUCCAGGACCGGGGGCUCUAUGCGGUGCACGGUUUUUCUGCUUCGGAUGGCUGGAUGCAUCGUUUUAAGCAGCGGUUUGGAUUGCGCGUGAAAGCCGUAACAGGAGAAAAGGCAUCGGUAAACGUUGAAGCGUACCUAAAUUUCAAGAAGGUUCUACAGAAGAAGAUUCAGGAAAUGCAGCUAUCACUAUCCCAAGUCUUUAAUGCAGAUGAAUCUGCCUUGUUCAUCAAGCUCCUAGCCACAUGCUCUGUCGUUACCUGUGAUGAGACCGUGGCAAGCGGACGGAAGCAAAACAAGACAAGGUAUACGUUUAUGCCUUGCUCCAACAUAGAUGGUUCCCUAAAGCUUCCGUUGUAUUUCAUUUGCACUGCUGCAAAACCACGAGGAAUCAACAUCGAAGAACUUCCCGUUUCAUAUAAUCAUUCCGAAAAGGCUUGGAUGACCAGACUGUUGUUCCGUCAAUGGUUCCACGAAGAGUUUGUCCCCGCUGUUCGAAAAUUUUCGGCCGAGAGAGGAUUGGAGCCAAAGGCAUUGCUGGUUCUUGAUAAUUGCACCAGUCAUUAUGACGUUGACGAAUCUCUACAGAGUGACGAUGGACUGAUUCAAGUGAUCUACCUCCCACCAAAUGUAACUGCUGAAUGCCAGCCGAUGGACUAA